CGAACACUGGACCACCAGAGGAGUUGUUCGCUAAACAGCGUGUGUAUCGCUAGACUGAAACGCGGGGAAUGUGGAGUUGGUGCUGUUCGUCCUGCUCUGAUGAUUACCCCGGAUUUACGUGCUAACGGUUGUCUGUUUUGUGGGGAAUCGAAGCUUGUAUCUGGCCAACAGUUUGCCCGAGAUAUAUUAAUCGACACCGCUGGCUGUCUUCUGUUGAUGCCAGUCUUCAUCUAACUCAUCUCAACGACCUUGACCCAGCAUUUUUAACAACAAAGGAAGCCCUCACACUACCAGCAUGACCCCCCAGGAACGCACAGCAUGGUUCGCCGCUACGGCUGCAGCCAUGGUCAUGGCUCUUGCGGGAUACGACGCAUCGACGUUUAAUUCGAUCCAGGGUUUUGAAACCUUUAUCAACCACUUCAAAGAGCCCGGAGACGACGAAAUACAACCUAAUAUCCUAGGUGGUAUCAACACAGCCUACCACGUAGGUGCCAUUGUCUCUGGACUCUUGAUUUCUCCCACCAUCUCCAAGAAGUUUGGCCGCAAAAUACCGAUCCAGCUUGGUACCUCCAUUGUCUUGAUCUCGGUCAUGAUUCAGACCUUUGCACCAAACAUCGUGUGCUUCAUCGCCGGUCGAGUGCUUAUGGGUCUGGGCAAGGGUAUAAGCAUGAACAAUGGCCCGACUUACAUCGCCGAAAUCGCCCCGGCCAAGAUUCGUGGGAUCAUGCUUUCCCUUUGGCAGCUCUGGUAUACUAUCGGCGCCUUUAUUGUGUACUGGGCAGCCUACGGAGCUCAGAGGACCACGCUCGACAUGGGGAUCUGGCAAUGGCGCAUUCCGCUGUUUGUUCAAAUACCCAUUCCUGUCUUCAUUAUUGUGGCCAUCUUCUUCUGCCCAGAGUCACCACGAUGGCUGAUAGAGAACGAUCGAGUCGAGGAUGCCCGUUCGGCCUUGGCCCGCGUCCGCAACGACCAAGUCGAUGAGGAGGUCGCCAGUAUCGUGACAGCCAUUGCUUACGAAAAGGCAACGACCAAGCAUUGGGACAAGUGGUGGGCGCCUUAUUGGACUUUGGUUCGGGAACCCUCCCUUCUACGUCGCACCUUUGUUGUUAUAUUUAUCAACGUCGGCCAGCAGAUCUCCGGUAGCUCUUCGCUUAAUGCCUAUACGACUCUGAUAUACAAGUCUGUUUUCAAGAGUACAGAAACGAUCGCCCUCAUCAACGCCUUGUCGGGAUCCUGCUCUAUCAUCUUCACCCUUAGUUGCACCCUGCUCGUUGACCGGGUAGGCCGCCGCUUCAUCCUCAUGGGUGGUGCAGCCGGUAUGUGUAUCUCACUCCUGGUCGUUGCCAUUCUUGGCAUGAAGGUCCCGGAGAGUGCGGACGGAACCCGACCUUACAGUAUGGGCGUGGCUGUGGCCGCCAUGUUCUUCCUGUUCAUCUUCUUUUAUAAACCGUCUUGGGGAGCUACUGUAUGGAUUUAUACUUCAGAGAUCUUCUCAACAGAUGUGCGAGCUCACGGUGUCGCCAUUGGCGCCCAGUCACAGUCUGUGGCUUCAACCAUCCUCAACCAGUUCUUCCCCACGUUCUUAAAGAAUUGUGGUUUUUACACAUUCUUCUUCUUUGUUGGGGUUAAUGCACUUUUAUUGGUCGGCGUUUUCUUCUUCCUUCCUGAGACAAAGGGCAUUCCUCUUGAAGAAAUUGAUAUCCUGUUUGGUUCAGUCUCACAUAGGGAGAAGGGAGAAGAUGUUUUGGAGCGCAAGAUAAAGGCCCAAAUUGUAUAGGGGAAGCUUAUAAUUGUUUAUUUUAUUUCUAAAUAG